CAUGAUGUAAAGUGGUACGGCGAACUAAAUGUUGGGACGCCUCCACAGACUCUGACCGUAGUGUUUGAUACUGGCUCGUCGGAUCUUGUGAUUCCAUCCACGCAAUGCGUCGCAAACCCUGGGUGCACUGGAUUGCAGCAUCUUUUCGCGCCUGAAAAGUCGGAGACGUUUACUUCUCUUAAUGGUUCAUUCCGGAUCUCAUAUUCAACAGGCACUGGCGUCUCAGCUUCGGGCAAUGUCGAGAUCGAGGGACUGAUCUCAAGAGAUGUGAUAGCUGUUGCAGGUCUUCAAGUACAAGACUUCCAAUUUGGUCUUAUUACGAACCAGUCAGCCGCGUUCGGCGUUGAUCCGUUUGACGGAAUCGUGGGUAUGGGAUUUCCAUCUGGCCUGACUACUGGGGCACAAACUUUUCUUGGUGCCUUAUACAGCAGCGGACAGAUCAGUCAGGCUAUUUACGGCCUCUACCUGACGCCCCAAUCCAUGGGGCAAGCGGAAAUCAGCCUCGGUGGCGUGGAUAGCUCCAAGUUGACCAGCGAGAUCAACUACAUCCCGGUAUAUCCAGUGACCGGCCAAUUCAACGGGACCUUUGAAAAAAUCUAUGUUGACAAUAGGACCACCAAUGUGUCCCCUAACUACGUCAUCUACGAUUCCGGUACAGCAAAUAUUGUUGCUCCAAAGAAUGAUGCUGAAGAGAUUUAUGCAAUGAUAUCACCGUUCAUUAGACCCAUUGAUACAGCAGGAACAUACGGUAUACCCUGUUCGAAACUAGAACAUAUCAAAUCAUCAAUUACUUUCAUGAUUGGAGGCCACAAGUAUAUAAUUCCUCCCCAAGAGCUCAAUGUUGGGACAAUUUCAGGCCAGCCGGGGAUCUGCCAGAUGCUUAUCAACAGUAGCGGUGGCGAUCAGGAGAAAAGCUUGUGGGUAGUUGGUGGCAGCUUACUGAAGUAUUAUUAUACAGUUUGGGAUAUUGAGAAUGCUCGUUUUGGGCUUGCUCAAACAUGGCACUCGCCUUAA